ACCUUCACAUCGUCAAGCAUCACAAAAAUCGUUCAAGAUGCAGAUUUUCGUGAAGACCCUGACGGGCAAGACCAUCACCCUUGAGGUCGAGUCCUCCGACACGAUCGACAAUGUCAAGUCCAAGAUCCAGGACAAGGAGGGCAUUCCCCCGGACCAGCAGCGAUUGAUCUUUGCUGGCAAGCAGCUCGAGGAUGGCCGAACCCUGUCCGACUACAACAUUCAGAAGGAGUCCACCCUCCACCUCGUCCUCCGUCUGCGUGGUGGUGUCAUUGAGCCCUCCCUGAAGGUUCUGGCCUCCAAGUUCAACUGCGACAAGAUGAUCUGCCGCAAGUGCUACGCCCGUCUCCCUCCCCGUGCUACCAACUGCCGUAAGCGAAAGUGCGGUCACACCAACCAGCUCCGACCCAAGAAGAAGCUCAAAUAAAUCAUUUCACCAAGGAUGUGGCGUCUGGGUUCUGGCAAUCUGGGGUGGCAAGGACAGAGGUGCUUCUGCUUUAUUCCGGAUUUUGUUUCUACAUUAGCAUCAGGGCAGAGGCAAAAUAUAUCAAUUAGAUGAUGCCUGAUGGCCGCUUGUUGUUAAAAUAUUUUCUGGGAAACAGCCAGUGACUCGGUAACUGACGCCAAUAUUGUUUCUCAGAAGUGCCGGCCCCUAGGCAGCUGAGCCCUGGAGAGGAGCAAAUUCGAGCUUGAAGAGGGUAUCUCGUUAUUGUAGCGCCUAUGAAGCUGAAAGAGCAAAAUAUGAUGGACCAUCGGUUAGAUCCACAGAAAUGAUUGGGUUGCGGAUAGAUUAUCUAGCAAAAAAAUACAUAUGAUUAACGU